AUGAGCGCGAUUAUCUGCAGCUGCCUGUUAGCCUUUGCUCUGAGCUGUAAAGUCUCUGCAGCUAUAAAUCACGAGGAGCAUGAGAACCCGGCCAUUCUGCAGUGUCACCAGGUCACUCUGCGAUGUCCUCACCCUGUGGAGGGUAAAGUGACGUGGAGCAGAGAGAUUAAUGGAAACAAAGUCAACAUACUUACAGCUGAUGGUGACGGAGACUUAAGACACAAUGAUCCCAACAGACGAUACAGUUCACCGGGAGAUAAGUCACUUUACAUCAGCAGAGUUACCGUCUCAGACGCUGGAAGAUACUUCUGUAAUAAUGAACCAGCUGUGGAGCUGACGGUGAUCCCACAAGGGACAGUCAGAGUCACGGCUGCAGAGAGGACCAGGGUCACUCUGAAAUGCCCCCCUGAUGUUGGAGGAUCAGCUGUUCCAACAUGGAGCGGAGACUCUGGUGAAAUACAGCAAAAAGGACGUUUUAAUGUUUCACCAGUUGACAAUACGCUGACUAUAACAGACCUGCGGCCUGAAGACUCUGGACUUUACUACUGUGAUGGAAAACCAGCUGCGUAUCUGACUGUGACCAAAGGUAACAAGACACCACGUGCAACCACCUCAACACCAACAACAAGACAAACAACAUUGUCAGCGGCAACAAAGUCUCCUCCGGCAGCAGCAACCGGACCAUUUACACCACCUGCAAACACUACAACAAACAAAAAAAGGUCCCAACAAGAAACCCGGGAAUGAGAACGAGUGUAGCAUUAUGGGCAGCAGAGCGUGUAGCCUUCCCCAUGUUUAUUGUUAAACGUUAAUUUGUCUUUUGUGCUUCUACUACAUUCUUCAAGGUCUCUGUGACCACAUUUUGUUCUGUCGUCUGCACGGAGGCAUACCCCACAGGGAGCAUGUCUGAAUCAGAGCGUUUUGCCGGCCUGAUUUUGCUGACAUGUUUAGAUUUUGUUGAUUUGGUAAUUACUGCUUGCUUAUUGUGCUUCUACUAUGAGAGAGUAGGCUACGUAGUUAAAUGGUUUCUUUAUC